AUGAUGAACAGAAACUCUGUGCUUCUACUGCUCACCAUCCUGGCAGGCUCAACCAGGGUUAAAGGCGAUGACAUCGCCGCCGAUGACACAAGAUCGUCUGGACCGACAAAUGUGGUAAUAUCUGGACCAGGCGUAGUUACGGUUGGAAUUCCAUACGGAUUCUCAUGUACAGCCGACUGUUACCCUUCAUGUAGCUAUACCUGGAAGUCGGAUGGGAAAACAGUUCAAGGAGCAGAGCUAGACAUCCUUCUCAAACAGCUGGUCGGCUCUGAAGUCCUCACGUGUGAGGCAAAGAAUACAGUCUCUGGGCAGUCUGCUACAGUCACGAGGAGUCUUUUAGUGACACAGGGACCGUCAGAUGUGGAAAUCGCUGGGGUGGAUCUGAUGGUAGCCGGGACAUCAUCUAAGUUUUCAUGCUCGGCUUCCUGUCACCCAGACUGCCAGUACUACUGGAACGUUGACGGCAGUGAGCAAAGCGAGCAGAGCAGCGAGAUAGAGAUCACUGCACAGCAGUGGAUGCUUACAGUGCAACUCAUUUGCAAAGCGUGGAACGACAUCUCUAUGCUCUUCGCCGAAACGGUGAAGACCAUCCAAGUGGCGGAUGGACCAACAAACACAGAAAUAGUGGGACCCAGUGCAGUGAAACCUGGAACCACCUACACUUUCCUGUGUUUGGCCUAUUGCAUUCCAUCCUGCAGCUUCACCUGGAGCAUCUAUGGGAAAACAUACAAUGGGGAUAAGCUUGUCUUAACUGUCGAGGCAACAGAGAACUCUGAAACUCUGACAUGCAUUGCCGAGAACACUCUGUCCAGAGUCUCGGUCACAGUCAAAAAGACCAUCCCCCUGACAGAUCCGAUCUCAGUACAGCCAGCUUCUGUCCUGCCGCCCACCGACGACAGACCCUUCUCUUUGAAUUGUAUCGGUGCUGGUCCUGCUGCCUCUGUCCAGUGGCUCAGGAACAACCACCCUGUGAUGCUCAGCGACAGGGUCACUCUGUCUACGAGCAACACCACACUGUCCUUCUCUCCACUGCUGCGAUCUGACGGGGGAUUCUACCAGUGCAGUGUCAUCGAGGGAGCCGUGGUGACACCGAGCCUGGAAUAUCACAUGGUUGUCAACUAUGGGCCCUUGAAUGCGACCAUCGUAGAGAUCGGUGGAGGUCCAGUUGGCUCGGAAAUAUCUGUAGCUCCGGGAUCAUGGGUGACCCUAAAGUGUGUGGCUGAGUGUCACCCGGCAUGCAGCUACACCUGGCUGCUGGGGGAGCUGGUACAGCAGGGCGACCUCCUCUCCCUCACCCCAGUGAAUGCGUCCGAUAGCGGGGCGCUAACCUGCCUCUCGUACAACACAGUGACCUUCAGCUUCACGUCUGUGACCUCUACUGUCAUUGUCAACUGA